AUGCGCCGUCUGCUGGGCCGUGUGCGCGCCUGCGCAGGAUCCACCUGCCUCCGACGACAGUUGGUGGGAAGACCCCGCCCACCCAGAGUGCACCUGCGCCACGUCCACCCAAAAGGUGGGAGCCGACCGGCCACCCAGAACCACGCUAAUGGAGUUCCUCCUCCAACCCCUCGUGGGACAGUCGGCAAACUGAGGGCAGGGGAAGCAGAGUCUGGCCUGGGACGCACCAGUUCACUUGGCUGGAGAUGCUCCGAUCCUGCUGUAUCCCGAUGUCCCGAGGACGUGGUCUCAGGACAGCCGACAGUGAGAGCCGUUUCCUUCACUGCAGACCUGGGGUCAGGUCUCACCCCGACCCCUCUGGCCAUUUGCCUGGAGGGACCCAAAGAGCCCCAUGGAAGAAAUUGGGGAGAAGCUGGUCAACAGGAACCUCCCUCUACGGCUGCCCAGUGUGGGGCCCGUGCAGCAGGCAGCCAGUGGGGGUCCUCCGGGAACCCUAGACGACAAAGCAGAGAUGGGCACAGGACCUUGCGUGGGACGCCCUGCCGGCCUCCUCUAGAUGGGGAUCCCUCUGCUCUCAUCGUCGGAAGGAUGACGGGCCUUAGGAUGAAGAAGAGCCCCUGUCUCCAAGGUGGGGGACAUCUGGGGCUUUGGCGGGGCUGGGGGGCUGGGCAGAGCCCUGGCUGCCCCGCGUCUGUCAUGGCUGCUGGAGGGCGGCGGUGUGGGGGCCCCUCCUGCAGGACAGGAGAGAGACAGCCGAGGCUGCGGACCCGGGGCCUAGGGAGCGGAGGGGAGGCUGGGGCCCCCACCUGCCCUGACCCGAUCCAGGGCCACCCGCGCACAUAGGGGCCUCACACUGGGUCCCCCACGUGGGGGCCUGCACGUGGGGCCUGGACAGGCCGGGCAGCCGUCCCCGAGAAUAGUGUCGGUGAGGAGACCCCAUGGGCCUGCAGGGGGUCAGGCAGCCGUCGGAGCAGGGGCUGGGGGCCGAGGGGCCGUGAGAGCCCAGGCGGGCUGGGCCGAGGGACACUGCCCGUUCCCUCCUCCCUCACGGACUGCUGCAGCUCCUCUGUGGUGCCCCAGGGCCGGGACA